UGCGCAGUAGAGGAAGUCAGUUGGGCAUGCGCAGUAGAGGAAGGCAGUUGGGCAUGCGCAGUAGAGGAAGUCAGUUGGGCAUGCGCAUUAGAGGAAGUCAGUUGGGCAUGCGCAGUAGAGGACUACGUUGGCGUGAUUCUAACGUUGUGGAUUUGUUAAUCAGGAAAGAUCUACUUGAAGUACCUGUCCAGUUGUGACUGGAGACUCGGGUGUGUCGGUGUGUUUGAUUCCAUCCCCUUGCAAAGAUGGACUUCCAGCAUCGAGCUGGAGGGAAGACGGGGAGUGGUGGCGUGGCGUCUUCCUCCGAGAGUAACCGUGACAGACGGGAGCGGUUACGUCAGCUGGCCCUGGAGACCAUUGACAUCAACAAAGAUCCCUAUUUUAUGAAGAAUCAUUUAGGGUCGUACGAGUGCAAGCUUUGCCUGACACUUCACAACAAUGAGGGAAGCUAUUUGGCCCACACACAAGGAAAGAAGCAUCAGACCAACUUAGCGCGGAGAGCAGCCAAAGAGGCAAAAGACGCCCCUGCCCAACCUGCUCCAGCCAAGGUCAAAGUUGAGGUCAAGAAGUUUGUCAAAAUUGGUCGACCAGGUUACAAAGUCACCAAACAGAGAGACCCUGAGACUGGACAGCAGUCUUUACUUUUCCAGAUUGACUACCCAGAGAUUGCUGAAGGAAUCGGACCCAGGCACCGUUUCAUGUCUGCUUAUGAACAGCGCAUUGAGCCCCCAGAUCGUCGCUGGCAGUACCUGCUGCUUGCUGCUGAGCCAUACGAGACUAUUGCCUUCAAGGUCCCCAGUAGAGAAAUUGAUAAAGCAGAAAACCGCUUCUGGACCCACUGGAACAGAGAAACUAAACAGUUCUUCCUGCAGUUUCACUUCAAAAUGGAGAAAGCUAUACCCCAGUCCACUGGUCCAGCACCCCCUGUAGGUGUGAAACGCCCCCCUCCUCUCAUGAGUGGACAUCGCCCAAUGAAUGAUUCUAUGCCCCCACCCCCGCCAGGAGGGAUGCCCCCUCUCCCACCUGGGGCACCAGGUGCCCCCCAGAUGCCCAUGCCUCCCAUGCCAAUGAGACCGCCGCCCCCUGACAGCCUUUCAAUGUCUAAUAAUUGAUCUUCUACCAGUGGAUCAUGGAUGCUUUCUUUCAUGGUCCGCAGGCAAACCUCCCUGCCUGUCUCGUGUCCACCACACUCUAGAUACUGCAGGUACAUUCAAUUUGAUUAUUUCUUCAGUUUAUGCUCAAAGUCCACAUUUAGUAGGUUUUAUACAUUUGUUUGGUAUAUGUAAAUGUGGUGGGCCGUCUGUUAUUGCAACAGUAUAAUAAUGACAUUAUACUGUUUUGUAUAAAUGCUUGGAUUCCGAUAUCUUUUAAGAGUCUGUUUUUGUAAUUAAAUGCUAUGGAGAAAAACAUUA